AUUUUGUUUUCUUUUACCAUGGCUGACGAUGCGGCGUUUUUCGACGCCAUGAUCAACCUCAUCCCAGCCAAGCACUAUCUCGAGCCAGACGAGCGCGAGAAGCAGAGCCGCUGGGAGCGCUCGCAGCAGCGCAAGAAGACCCCUGCUGCAGUCAAGGAGUUGGCAGCCGCCAAGCAGGCUGGCAAGCGCGCUCGCCUCGAUCCGACAGCAGACGCUGCACUCCCAGUCACCGUCCAGCAAGUCAAGAAGCAGGAGGCAGAGCGCACUCGUAUUGCUACGAUUGGAGGGCAAAAGCCACCACAACCCCAGUCCAAACCUGCUGUUGCUGCUGCUGCCGCUGCUGCUGCUGCCGCCGCUGCCAGGCCUGGUCAACCCAAGGGGAAGCAGCAACCUCAGGCUACAACUGCUGGCCGUGUCGCUCAAAAGCGCACACACGAUUCAGAUGAGGAAGAAGACAGCGAUGAUAAUGAUGAUGACAAUGUUAGUGACGACGAGAACCGAUCGCAGGAUUUGCUGAUUGCCUCCCAGCGCGCCUUGUCAAACGGAAAGCACCAAUCUGCACACCCCAGCAGCGGUGCAAACGGUAGCAACGACAAUGACGAUGACGAUGAUGACGAUUCUGACUCGGACGACGACGAGCCUGCUCCUCGACCCACUCUUGCUAAGCAACAAGCGCAACAAAAGCAGCAGCAACAACAUCAGCAGCAACAACAACAGCAACAACAGCAAAAGCGCACUCAAUCCGUGACAAAACCGGUGGCCCAACAACGAUCGUCACAACCAGCAGCACAGCACGCCGACAAGCCAACAGCUCAGACAGACAAGCCAGUAGUAGCAUCAGCUGCAGAAGCACUGGCGGCCGCAUCCAGCUCGGCCCCUGCCUCUGCAACCGCUGGCGAAAGCCCUUCGAUUUCCGUUCUUCGCCAACGCCUGCACGAGCGCCUUGGAUCCAUUCGCUCCAAGCGAAAGGCGGACGAGACGCACGAGAAUGCCAAAAAGCGCGCACGCCUCGAAAAAGAGAAAGCUGCCGCUGGCGAGAACAAGAAGGCUGCUGCUCCUGCUGCUGCCAAGGUGGCCGCUGCAGCUGCUGCGGGAGCUGGAGCUGCCGCUGGCGCCUCGAACGGCGCAGCCAACGCUCGUCCGACCACCGCCGACGGCUCGGUCGUGUUUAGCAAGUUUGAUUUCAGCUCGCUCGAGCAGGAAAAGAAGCGAAAGUCCAAGGUGAUUGGUGGCACCAUCAUCAAUCCGCAUGGCAAGGACUACAAGAAGCUGAUUGAACGCGCCGAGCAACACAAAAAGCAAGUGGACGAGCUCAAGUCCACCGACGCCACAAAAGCCGCCGAAAUUGAGCAGAAGGAAGCCUGGCAAAAGGCCAUGGCCAAGGCCGAAGGCACCAAGGUCAAGGACGAUCUCAAGAUGAUGAAGCGGUCGCUCAAGCAGAAGGAAAAGCAAAAACUCAAGUCCUCGGUCGAAUGGAAGGAGCGCGAGCGUGGUGUCAAGGCCUCCCAGGCCAAGCGCCAAGAACAACGCAACCGCAAUCUCGCCGAGCGACAUGAACACAAGAAGUUUGGCAACAAGGGCAAGGGCGGAAAGGGCUCCAAGUCUCCCGGCAAAGGUGGCAAGCCCUCCAACGGCAAGCCCAAGAAGCGACCAGGGUUUGAGGGCAAGUGAAGCACCGCUGUGAUUCCCGCAGGUGUGUGCUCUUCUUGAGUAGCAUGGAUUUUGUUGACGACUUCUGUUGGCCCCCCCUUUUUUUUUUUUCGUUUCUCUCUUUUUCUCUCUGUGUGUUUCUGGUUUUGUGGAUUUCAACAUGGCUUGUGUGUUAUUCAUUGGUUAAAAAUGCAUUUGUUU